AAACAGCUUGUGGAGGAAGUAAAGCCAAUGUUAUCAGAAGAAGUCAAUUCGCUCGCCAAGUUAGAGUUGAUUGAUAGAAUGAGAAAAUUGGGGUUGUACAACCUUUUUAAUGAUGAAAUGAAAGAAGCUCUUGAACCAGUUGCAUCCACCAACAAUGACAUUUUCAACAUGGAAGAUCAUCUCUAUGCUAAUGCACUUCGGUUUAGGCUCCUUCGACAGCAUGGCCAUGUCGUUUCACAAGAUGAAUUAAGGAGUUUCAAAGAAGGAAGCAACGGGUUGAACGGAAGCAACUGCCAAGAUGUUGAAGCUAUAGUAGAGCUUCUUGAGGCAUCACAUCUGGCUUUGGAAGACGAAAACAUUUUGAAUGAAGCGAAACCUUUUCAACUGGAAUUCUCCACGAGAGAGUCCCUGGUUUGGACGGUCUGCCCUUCAAACGUGCCGCCCAUUAUUUGGAGCUUCCGAUGCACAGGAGGGUCCAGUGGUUCGACAUCAAAUGGCAAAUUGACUUGUAUGAGCAACAGGAGGACAAGCAAAGUAAUCUGCUCGAGCUUGCCAAGCUCAAUUUCAACACGGUCCAAGCCACACACCAAAGAGAUCUUAUAGAAAUAUCCAGGUGGUGGAGGGAUCUUGGACUUCUUGAACAUGUCGACUUCACGAGGGAUCGGCUGGUCGAAAGUUUCUUGUGCGCCCUUGGACUCUCUCAGGAACCACGGUUCAGCUCUCUUAGAAAAUCUCUCACCAAGGUCAUCAUCUUGAUACUGGUGAUUGACGAUGUCUACGACCUUUAUGGUUCAUUGAAGGAGCUAGAAUGCUUCACCAGCGCCAUUACCGGAUGGGACUCAGAGCAGAUUCAACAGCUUCCCGACCGCAUGAAGAUAUGUUUCCAAGUGCUUCACGAUGUUACAUAUGAGAAUGCUUAUGAUAUUGGCAAGGAUGAAGAUUGGCAUCGAGUGCUACCAAAUCUUACGAAAGCCUGGGCAGAUUUUUGCAAAGCGUUACUUACUGAAGCAAAGUGGGACAAUAUCGGCCACAUACCAUCUUUGGAAGAGUACUUGAGCAAUGCUUGGACAUCAUCUUCUGGACCACUGAUCUUGUCUCAUGCUUAUUAUUUUGUGGGACAUAUGAAAUUGGAGGAUGUAGAAGAGUUGCUAGAGAGAAACAAAUAUCUGAUUUACAACGUGUCCAUGAUAAUUCGACUCUGCAAUGACCUGGGAACGUCUACGGCUGAAAGAGAUAGAGGAGAUGCUCCAUCCUCGGUGGUUUGCUACAUGCGAGAAGCGAACGUCUCGGAAGUCGUUGCUCGGAAGCACAUCAAGGAAUUAAUAAACCAAGCAUGGAAAAGCAUUAAUGCUCAUUGCUUCGGCAAUGCCGAGUUGCCAUUUCUCCAACCCUUCAUUGAUGUCGCCAUGAAUGCAGCUCGUGUUGCGCACAUGCUUUACCAGUUUGGAGAUGGGCUCGGCAUCCAGGAUGGAGACAUUCGGCGGCAAAUUCUAUCUACCGUGAUCCAGCCUCUUGCUCUCGACUGAGAUAUUAGCGCAAGUGUAAUCACAUAGCAAGUUUGUGAGCUAGACUAGCUGCUGCUGGUCAAAAGAUUGAAGACUACAUGCAAAGUGUAUCUUAGGCUGAGCAAUUAUUCAGUUGCGUUUGCAAUGUCAAAUAAUGCCGGAGCCUUCUGAGACAACAUCGGUUCUACAAAAGUGUUACCAAUCUUUACUGAUACUUUAGUAACUAUACUGAUACUUCGGUAGCCGUGUGUUUUGAAGGGUGCAUACAUUCAUUGAAUCAAGCAGUCUUGGAUACCUACACCCAACAAUAUUUAUUUCUUAUAUUUUCAAGGUUUAGUAAAAUGUCAUUUUAAAUUUCUAGAGUCCUUAUUUAUGAGCCCUUUGUCUUCCCAAAGAGUCUUGUAAUUGCUCAUACUUGGAGGGUUGCUUCAAGUUCGUCUAUAUAACAUGUUAUGAUGAAUAAGAAUGCAGACUUAUUUGAA